CUCUCCGUCGCAACUCGCUCUGCUGCUCGUACUCUCCCUGAGAGCAGGAGCGAUGUUCCAUUCGCUAUCUCUCACUUCCCAUGCCCAAUUCUGAAGACGAGGAACCUCCUGCAGAAAUCGACCCGGCCUAUCUUGCUUUUUUCUCUGAGAGUGUCGACGACUUCCGCGCGCACCUCAUCGGCAGGACUGGCGACGACCCUCUACCACCAUCGUACUUUGCCCCUAGAGCCUACUGGACUAGCGCGGAGAAGGAUGCGUUCUUUCGGGGCCUCGUGGUGCACUCUCGCCUCAGGCCUGACCUGAUCGCGGAAGAAGUGAAGACCAAGACCGUACCGGAUGUCUGCGUCUAUCUCUCAAUCCUUGAGCUGGCCGAACAGGAAUUGUCCGGAGGUACGACGUACGUCAACGAGUACCACCGCGUCCCGGAUAUCAAAACCCCCCGCGACGAGCUCCCGUCUGCUCUCGAGGUCUCCGAGGAAUGGAUCGCGUUCGAGGAACGCAUGGCGGAUGCCAUGAUUGCCUACCAGCCGACUUUGGAUCAAGAAGCAGUUGUACAAGAGCGCGAGGAAGAAGUCCACGCCCGCAAGACGACCAUUCGCGCCCCUUGGCGCGGCGGACGCACCGCUUCAGCGGAACGCGACAGAGUAGGGGAGAAGGCUAGGCGCGAGCAGUUCGAGAGGUGGCUGGCGCAGAAGAAAUCUGAAUGGGAACGCGAGGAUAUGCUCUCGUCCCUGAACCGCGUUGGCUUAGCUACCCUUGACAGGAUGCUGAGAGACGAGGAAGAGGGCCGCGGCGUGGUCGGAGAGGCUAGUGAAUACAACUCGGGAGUAGAGCCUUCGCCCGUACCGGAGAUAUUGGAUAUGCCGGAGCAGGUCCCUGUGCAGCCCUCUGUCGGCGAGCUUGCAGUUGGUAUACAUGACCAGCUCAUUGAUCCUGCACUCCUCGAGAUCUCACGUCCUAAACCGACGUAUACUUUUAACCCGACGCCAGAAUAUGGUUCCGUGCAGAACAUCUCCCCCGCCGUCCAGCCUUCCUCCGUUAUAGCUCUGCCAAUGCUCAUAUCACACCCUGUCAGUCAUUCGACACCUCCAGCUCUCCUGGCUUCUCUUCCUGCAUCCCCUCAAUUUUCGCUGAAUACUACACCGACCACAGUAGCGCCGUCCGUCGGGACGACGGAAGACUCGAUCGAGGACCCCUCCCAGAUGUCCCCACGCGCCAGGAGGCGCUACCAGAAGAGGCUCUACAUGCGUAGGAAGCGCGCUCAAGCCACUGGUGGAGUGCUGGUCGAAGCCGCAGAGCGACUGAAACCCGGGAGGAAGCCGAAGAAAACUCUAUCUUCCGCCCCGUCAACAGAAGAUCUCCGUGCACAGGCGGUGACAAGCACUGCAUCUGGGCUAAGUGCGCCAGGAGAUACAAUCCAGUCGAGUUCACCUCCUGCGCCUCCCGGCGACCCUGUGGGAGCCCGGUAUGCUAGCACGUCAAGGAAGACCCAGCCCGACAAGCGUCAGCUCGAAUUCAUUUCCAGUGGCGUUGAUGUGCGAUGGCUCCGCCAAGAAGGCCUUGACCUGUUCCACCUUCAGGCUAUCUCGAAGCUGAUGCGCACGUACAAUGAACUUCACGACGUCUCCGAGUCCGUCGUGUCCAGCAUCUCGGGGGAAACCCUUCGCAUGCUACGCAGUCUCGUUGUACACUUCGUCGCUGAGGUCAUGUCGCGCGCCAUCGUCUGGAGGGAGCAGGAGCGAGUGGCCAAGUUGCAGACCAAAGCUUGGCGUCUGAGGGAGAACCAGGUGAUCUCUACGGCAGACGUGAGACAGGCGCUCAUGCUCUACGGUGCGGAGUCGUUGAAUAAGCGCACACAUUUCGCGAGUCUGCUCAGCGAGCUCGACCUCGAUAGCGAUGAGGAAGAAGGGGAUGUCGAGGAGCUGGAGCAAGACACUGCAGAUGCGCUAUCCCCUGUCUCGCGCCGUCAUAAGGGCGGCGCAGAUGCGGCAGAGGAGGAGAGCGGCGAUCCUGAUCCUGAAGGACUCCCGCUGGAACCUUUGUCGCUCCUUCGCACGAUCUUCCCUCCUUUCCUGAACCCGCCAUCCUCUGGGCCCCCUUCUGUGGAUCCAUCUAUGGCUAUCGACCCCUCUGUCUACAUGCCUUGGCCUUCUUCCAGCGUUCUCCUCACCGAUGUCGAGCGCCCUACCGACGAUGACCUCUUGCCCCACUUCAUUGACGAGAAGUUGCUGAACGAGGAGCUUCACGAGGAAGCGCAGCUCGACAAAGCUGAUGCCCUCCGAGACGCGGAAGAGGAGCAAGCGCUGUGGACAAGGGUGAACAUGGAGAACCCCAACGCCGGGAAGACUGCGAGUGCCGCCACUGUACCUGAGGACCCCCUCAUCGCCGUCGCGGAUAACACGGCCAAUUUAGUUCCUAUACGGGAGCGAUCGCGUAGAAAACGUAAGCGAGACGAGGCGGACGCGGGUGCGGACCUAACCUCAAACGCAAAACCCGACGUGGAGGUGUCGUGGGAGAAAGAUGCGGACAGUGGGAGGGCGGACGACCGGGACGUAGAGGAGAUGGUGGAGGAGGUCGCCGCGGUGGACACCAUGGCGGACGUGGACGAGCCGGAGGUGGUUGCACCGAAGCGCGCUCGCAAGGGGAGGAAGGGCGAGGGAAAGAAGAAGGGUGACUUGUCGCAGCGGGAGCUGAUGUACAUGCAGCCUGGGGUAAACAGCCGGAUUAAGAGCAGCGUAUAUGUGCUCGACAGCGAUUAGCUGCGGGGAGGGGCCUCUGCCGGGGAUAUGUUCGUUGCCAUAGGCAUUGCGCGGUGGUAUUGUAGCAAAAAGUAGCAUACAGUCGCUUGAACGUCUAACCGUGAGGACUAUCAGUACCGUCAUAAUAUAUUGCGGAGAUACA